UCUCUGUAUAACGUCUGUGUCUUUCAGGUGUAUUUGAUCUUGGCGUCUCAGCUGCUCGUCACCACAGCCAUUGUGGCCAUUUUCACGUUCGUCCAACCUGUCAGAAGCUUCGUACAGCGAAACCAAGCGGUGUACUGGGCGUCAUACGCCGUAUAUUUCAUCACCCACCUUGUGCUGGUCUGCUGUAAGGGCCCCCGGAGGAAGUUUCCGUGGAACGUCAUCCUGCUGACCAUCUUUACUCUGGCUUUGUCCUACAUGACUGGAUCCAUAUCCAGUUACUACGACACAAAAGCAGUGUUUCUCGCUCUGGGGAUCACCGCCGUCGUCUGCAUCGCCGUCACCGUCUUCUGCUUCCAGACAAAGGUCGACUUCACCAAGUGCCAGGGUCUGUUCUGUGUCCUUGGGAUCGUGAUGUUCGUGACUGGCAUCAUUACAGCCAUUGUGCUCUCCUUCAAAUAUAUGCUGUGGCUUCACAUGCUUUAUGCAGCUUUAGGGGCCAUCGCCUUCACCAUGUUCCUGGCGUAUCACACGCAGCUACUGAUAGGAAACAGGAAGCACUCCAUCAGCGAGGAGGAAUACGUGUUCGCCGCGCUCUCCAUCUACGUCGACAUCGUCCAGAUCUUCCUGUUCCUGCUGCAAAUUAUCGGCGCCUCCACCAAAUAAGGCUUCACCGCUGGGUGCUGGAGAAGCGGCGAGCGCCUACAAUCAUUCCAUGCUAUUUAAAACCUUUGCUUUUUCAGUAAAAAUCUGCAAAAUGUUUCUAAAAAAAAAUCACGAGACACUCCAGGGAAAAAGUCCGAAGGGCUGAAUUUGAGGUUUUGCUACAGCAUAGGUCAAACCUGUGCACCAAAAAUGCACUUUUUUUCUCAACUCUAUAUUUGUUUAGAUCUACUUUAAGCAACUGUGUAGUGGUUAAUAGAUAAUAUUAGUAUAAUAUAAAUGUGGAAAGACGUUGGAAUGCUGGCUGCAUCAUGUAUUCCCUCUUGCUGGACUUAAAGUAGAAACUGAACGUUUUUCUCUGCAUGUACAUGUAUUAUUAUAAAUUAACUGUUUCUGAUGUGUAUAGAAGUCGAGAAAAUGGGCAAAACACACACGACACCUCUCUAGAAGGUUUUGAAGUACAGUAGGGGUGGACGAUACCACAAGAUUUGAUCCUGAGUCACUUUAGUAUGAGCAGAGUCGAUACUUGGGCGUACCUUUUUUUACAGCUCAGUGCUGCAGCCUCAGAUCAGCUGAUGACCUUUAAAACCUUACAUUGUACCCCUUUACAUGCUCCAUCACUAAAGUGCCUUCACCGUGUUUCUGAGGAGACGUUUUUUUACUUUACAACGUGCAGGGUUAUAACCGAUAAGCUUUUAUAGUGUUGUUACAUGCAGUAUGUGCCUGUUUCUGCAGCGCUCGGUUACAGUCAGAUUUGGGUCAGACAGCGAGCACCAGCAGGGUGGAGUUUUCCACACAGGACGUCGCCAUCAGUGCCAAGGUGUUACAUUAUUGGAACAUUUCUGAAGACCAGGCGGUUCCAGCCAACGUGGCAGCGUCCAAAAUGUUCCCGAAACAAUCAUCUCCACCCAGCUGGUCCUCAGCUUAGUACAAAUACAGCCCGAAACCAAAGCUACGUAUAAGUCUUUACUGAAAACAUUUUGAAUGUACAGCACAGAUGUGUGGGUGUAAGAGGUUGUAAAUAUGCAUAUCAAUGCUGAAGAGAAUCUGUUUCAUAUCAAAUAAAGAUUCUUCUUUGUGA